GACUUUUGCAUCAACUGCUCUCAUGCAGGACUAUAGCCAUAGAAAUACAGAGUUUAGUGAUGAUGAAACAAGUGGGGAGGAAAAGCAAACAGACGAUGAUGAGGAGGAGGAGUCUGAUCAAGAAGCAAAACAACAUGAAAAGAAAGAAGAUAUAAAAAAGCUGAAUGAAAGAGCAGAAAAGCAAGAUACCAAUAUAAUUCAACCACUGAGUCAGGAAAAUAAAGACACUAAAGAAGGAACUGAAGUUGUUGGUCCAAUUGAAGAUUCUGAGGAAAAGAACACUACUUGUCCACUUACAGAAAAAAAGCCACAACACCAAAGUGAAACCAGGGAAGAGAAACCAAAGCGUCUCUUUGGAUCCAACAGCAGGAUCUCUCUUUUCAAGUGGAGAUCUUCCACCAAAGAGAAGCAAGAGAAAGAUAAAGAAGAAGCCUCAGUGGUGAGUGAUGCAGCAGAGAAACCUUCUAGCUUGGACAGUGAAGAUCUGGACAACAGCAACAGCAUUAAAGCCACUGGUCUUCAGCCACUCCGAUCCCAUUCAGCCACUUGUACUUUGCUUUGAUAAACAUGAUCAAUCAAGUGUAGUGUUUUCUUGCUUCAACACACUCUGAUUGAUCAGAUGUAAGUCUUUGCAGUUGGUGGUAAGAACAACAAAACAAAACAUUCAGGGAUGGUUUAGGUCUGGACCAAGACGAUCUUAAGACAUCUUGAUCUUCAUCAUGAAAGGUAGGACGAUGGCAGAACCCUUUUUAACAAGACAACUUUUAGUAACAUUGUCUUAAUUAACACUAACAGCCGUAACGUGCCUCGUAAAGCAAACUACACAAAAACACAGGUUUCAGUUACAGAAGAUCUAAGAGGAGUAUAUCAAUUAUGGUUCUUAAAUGUUUUUUGUCAAAAAAUGCAGUUUUGUGAUAGCAAGUGAUUUACUUGUGUAGCAUGUGUAUCAUAAAAUGUAAAUGUUAUUAAUGUUUAUUAAUUUCUUUUUAAUGCACCCUUGCACUUUUGACCAUUUCCAAAUGAACUGGUUUUCUGCUGUAACAUUUCUUUGUCAGUGGUCAUAAGACUUUUCUUAUAUUCUUUCCCACUUUAUUAAAUGUGUAAAUGAA